GAAACUGACAAAAAUAAAAACCCUAAUUUGCUUUUUAAUCCCAUUCCCCAGUUUGUUAUUUUCAUCACUCCUCCUCCUUCGUCCUCAACUUGUCGCGCCGUUCUUCAUCGUUCUCGUUAACCGUCGUUACUUUUACAGAUUGUGUCUGGUUCAGAGUUUGACAAUGAAGGGAGAUAGUAAGUUUGAACCGAGCUCGAGUAAGAUUGUGUUUGACGACAGUGAAGACGAUGAUGAAGAUCAAUCCUUAUCGUCUCUGUCUUCUUCAGAUGAGGAAGAAGAAGAAGAGAAAGGGAAAGAGUUAACAUUGGAGGAAAUACAUAGAUUGCGUGCUGAUGGGUCUCGUCCUGCUGCUCCUUUGAAGCCAUCGUUUUCUCAAGUGAAGAAGAACACUGGUCGUGCUGCAGACAAGAACAUUACGUUCUCUGAAGCGAAGAAACCUGCUCGUGCAAACAAGAAUAGACCGGUAGAGUUAAGUUCCAGAAGACCCGUGAGUCGUUAUAGAGAGGUUAUUCAAGCUCCAAAGAAGGUGGUUCGGGAUCCUCGUUUUGACUCAUUGGCUGGAAACGCUGAUCCUGAGGGGUUCAGGAAGCGAUACAGUUUCUUUUUCGAGGAGAAACUUCCUGUAGAAAGAGAGGAACUGAAAAAGAAGCUAAAGAAAACAAAGAAUCCAGAAGAGGUCGACGAACUCAAGGACCAGUUAACUUAUGUUGAGAAGUUGUUGAAGUAUGAUCCAUCAACAAAUAGCAAAGGAAAGUCAAUAUUAACAGAACACAAAAAGAAAGAAAGAGAAGCCGCUAAGAUGGGCAAAAAACCUUACUAUCUCAAACAAUCUGAGAUCCGUAAACAAGAACUCAUCGAAAAGUACAACAGUCUCAAGGAAUCUGGUAAGCUUUCAUCGUUUCUUGACAAACGGAGGAAGAAGAAUGCAACGAAGGAUCAUAGGUACAUGCCCUAUCGUCGAGCCGGUGCUUCAGAGCAAUAGAGAGAGACAGUAUUGCUUUCUGACUUACCCUUUACGUUGGUUCGUUAAGGGCUUUGUGAUGAGAAUUGAAAUCCAAAUGUUACUUGUUUUUUUUGUUUGCUUGAUUGAGCCAUAUCAAGUACUGAUGUUGCUUAGACUUUGUUGUGGUUCUCUCCAGACACACGAAAGAACCAAAUAGAGUAAUCAAUAUAGUUUUUGUUGGACCAAAA